AGUUUCCCGGAUCUGCAGGACUCUGACCCCAACAUGACCUCUCCUCCCGUUCACCGCCUGCUCUGCUCAGAUUCCUGCAGCAGGUUGGCAGCGUCCUCUCCCAGGCAGGAAGACACAUGUUGGACCCUCUUUCUCCCUCCUCCUCUGCCUCCUCUUCCUCGCAGCUCCGCUCAAAGUCUCGGGUCUGAAACAGACACACACUCUCAGGGUGUCAUCGCACGGCGACACACACCUCUCAGAGCGCCGAGGACGACCGGAGGAGGACAGAAGUCGGCUUCAACCUGACGGGACGUUUCCUGGUGAAAUAAAGGCUGUGGUAACCAGCAAGAGUUUUUCUGUUGGACGUGAGCAGAUGCUGAAGUUCUUCUGGGUCCAUCUGAGCAGAAACUCUGGGAGAACCAAACUGGAGCAGAAACAUUUCUCCAUCUGAGCCUGUUCAUCCAGGAAGGAUGAGGCGGUGGCUGGUGUGGGCCGCUCUGUGGCUGCUGGUGGUUCUGAUCCUGCCUGAUGCCCGGGCCGGGUCGAGACAUCGGAACCAGGAUGGGGAGAGACGGCAAGGGAAGCGAUGGAGGGACGGACAGGGUUUCAUCUGGACCAGUGAGGGGCGCUCUAAACCUCUGAAGAUCCGGCUGGUUCCAGGCCCGAACGGCCCACACACACCAGCAGGAACCCUUACGUUCUACAGGAACAUCCCAGAACCGCAGUCCAGCUACAGCGUCAUCCCAGGUAAGCAGACCCAGUGUGUGUACCACGGGCUGACCAUGUUCGACCUGGCCGUCUGGUCUCCGUCGCCCUGUGUGAUGUGUCUGUGCAGCGAAGGGCGGGUGGUGUGUGACGAGAUGACCUGUCCCACAAUGCACUGCCCGUACCCCGCCACGCCCGUGGGCCGCUGCUGCCCCGUCUGCAUGGAGCCAGACUCCGGGCUCAGCCCAGAACUUUCUGGUGACUCUCCAGUACCCAGCCACCCCAAGGACCACAUCGUCCCUCUGACCCAGGAGGACAUCCAGAGAAUCGUGUGGCGGGAGGAAGCGGAGCAUCACGAGGAGGAGGAGCGUCUGAGGAGGAAGGACGAGGCGAGAAAGAAGAGGAGGAGGGAGAGGAAGGAGCGGGAAGAGAGGCAGAGGAAGAUGGUUGAGGAAAAGAGGAAGGAGGAAGAAGAGGCUCUGAGGCUGCAGGUGGAGAAGGAGGAAGAGGAGUGGAGGACAAAGAUAGAGGCAGAGGAGAGGAGGAGGCAGGAGGAAGAGAGCAGGAUGAAUGAGGAGAGAAGGAAGGAGGAAGAGGAGCAACAGAAGGAGGCAAAGGAGGAUGUGGAGGUGUGGCUGAGAGGAGACGUCUUCCAGAUGCCAUCAAAAGAAGAAGAACUCCUCCCACCUCCAGUCUCAACGCAUCCCACUAAGACAGAUGAGCUGAAGGAGGUGGCACCAGGAGAGAAAGAGGAAGAGGAGGAGGAGGAGGAGGAGAAGGAGGAGGAGGAGGAGGAGACAAUAGUAGUCCUCCCUGCCGGCUGCGACAUCUCUGAUGUCUCCAUGACCUGCGAGAACGUCCAGCUGGUCCACUUCCCUCCACUGAAUGUCCCGGAACUCAAGUCUCUGAGCCUGGAGGGGAACAACAUUAGCAGCAUCCCAGCAGGAGCCUUCAACGGCAUUCCCAACCUGGAAUGGAUCAACCUGAAGAAGAACAAGCUGACGUCUGCUGGGAUUGAUCCCAAAGUCUUCAUGGGCCUGAAGAUGUUGAGGCGUCUUUACUUGGACGAGAAUCUUCUCGACGUAGUGCCGUCUGACCUCCCCUCCACACUGCAGGAACUGAAGAUCAAUGAGAACAAACUGAGAGCAAUAGAUGAAAAUAGCUUCCAAGAUCUGAGCAGCCUGGUGAUCCUGGAGCUGGAGGGGAAUCUGCUGAGUGAAGGGAACGUCGACCCGAGGGCCUUUGCACCUCUGACCCAUCUCUCCUACCUAAGACUGGGAAGAAACCAUUUCCGGACGGUUCCCCAGGGUCUUCCCAAGUCACUGCUGGAGCUGUAUCUGGAGAACAACCUGAUCGAGGAGAUCUCAGAGACGGUCUUCAACCAGACCACCAACCUCAACGUGGUGUCUCUGAGGCACAACAAAUUGGACGAGACCAAGAUUGCUCCCAUGGCCUGGUUCAACCACAGGAACUUGGAGUCCAUUGACUUGUCACAUAAUGACUUUUACCUGGUUCCGUCCUACCUGCCCAAGUCUUUGGUCCACUUAGUGCUUGUGGGAAAUAAGGUUGAAAGGAUACCUGGCUACAUCUUUGCCCACAUGGAUCCUGGCCUGGAGUACCUCUACCUGUCCUUCAACAGGCUGGAUGGGGAGGGAAUCGAGCCAGAGUCGUUCUUUGGUGCCUAUCACUCCAUGAUGGAGCUGUGUCUGGACCACAACCAGCUGAUUCACGUGCCGCUCGGAAUCAGUGAAAUGACCAACCUACAUCUCCUCCGACUGGACAGCAACCGGAUCAGGAGCAUCUCUGAAGAAAGCAUCUGUGACCCGGAACAGCAGGAGGAAACAACUCUGGUGGCUUUAAGGAUGGAAAAUAACUACAUCGAUGCCUUGGAUGUGUCUCCAUCUGCCUUCUCAUGUUUACGUUCUGCCUCCAGUGUGGUUCUGAAACCUCAGAAAACCACACAGAGGAUCCACAGAACCAGACACUAA